CGCGCGCGUAUCGCAUGCUGUCGCAUCGCAUCGUCGUAUUGCACGCGUCGUUUUCGUAAAUAAAUUACGAUUGAUAAACCGGUCAUAAAUCAAAAAACGCAAAAAACACGAUUUUUAAAUUAAACACAAAAUCAGUGACAUUCAUUAAUAAAUUUUAACAUACUAGGUGUCACAAUAAAUUAUUAAACAUUAUUUUCUUAUAUUAAGUGAGCAGUGUGGACGUUUUUGGAUUUUUUCUAUCAACUGGCGCAAGGAGAAAAUAAAAUAACGUUGUAUGCUGUCCCCGGUCGUCCAGUGAUCACAUGCAAUGUGUUUGCGAAGUGUGACCGAACCAAAGUUGAAGUAGACCACCCACAGUACAGUGUGCAUAAGUGCGCUUAUUGAUAAUAACAGUUUUCGGUGUGCGGUUGUUUGUGCGUGGCGUGGUGUAAAGUGCGCGCCGUGUGGGUGAGGAUGGAAAUACUCUGGGGCAGUGUGAGGAGCGUGUAAUGUGAUUACCCGCAUUUUGUAGUGCCGACCGUCGUUGUGAGAAGUCAGCAACUACGUAAUCGGCGGUUGUGCGCGCAUGCGCACCACGAAGGAGCGAGCGCCUGCACUUUGGAACGUUUACAACCGCGGACACUAUGUGGACUGAUUGCUGGAUACAAUACGUGAUCAGUGGCUUGCUGCUGAUCCACAGUCUGCCCGUACUCAUUGUGUACGGCGCACCGUCGCUAAUCAAUAGUAAUCAAGAAAAUUUACAGGAUCAACAGUUUUGGUAUGAACAAGCGAGGAUUGCAAUCAGGAAACGAUUGCAAUAUGCGACCGAUCGAAGGCCGCAUGCGAAGAAUGUUAUCCUCUUCGUUGGAGACGGCAUGGGGGUUGGUACGGCGACGGCGGCGCGAAUUCUACGCGGUCAGCGUUUGGGUAAACGCGGCGAGGAGCAUGAACUUGCAUGGGAUGCAUUUCCUGCUGUCGCUUUAGCAAAAACCUACAAUAUGGAUGCCCAGAUCGGCGAGUCUUCAGCAUGUGCAACAGCGUUAAUGUGCGGCGUAAAAACCAAUUUCGAGACUGUUGGUUUAGACGCACGUGGAAAAUUCGAAAACUGCUUUUCAAGUUUCUCAUCGCGAGUCUCAUCGCUCAUAGACUGGGCCCAGGAAUCAGGAAAAGCCACGGGGAUUGUCACCAACACACGGAUAACUCAUGCAACACCAGCGGCGUUAUAUGGUCACUCACCGUCACGUUACUGGGAAGACGAUUCCAAGGUACCACCGGCGGCGAGAAAAUCCUGUAAGGAUUUGGCGCGUCAACUGAUUGAAAACGAUCCUGGACGUAAUAUUAAUGUUAUCUUCGGUGGUGGGCGCCGCCAUUGGUUGCCGAAAGUAGCGCACGAUCCUGAACAGAUAAAAGAAGAGGGCCGGCGGCUGGACGGACGCAAUCUGAUCGACGACUGGGUUCGCGACAAGAAAAAACGCGGUCUGAAGGCGGAGUAUGUGUGGAACAAGGGACAACUCGAUAAAGUCAACCCGAAUCAAGUGGACCACUUGCUCGGAUUAUUCUCAUAUUCACAUAUGGAUUUCGAAGCGGAUCGUGAUCCAGGACCAACCGGUGACCCUUCACUAGCAGAUAUGACCCGUUCAGCCCUUUCGGUGCUUCUAAAGAACCCGAAAGGUUUCUUUUUGUUUGUUGAAGGUGGGCGUAUUGAUCAUGCGCAUCACUACAACAACGCCUAUCGAGCAUUGGAUGAAACACUCGCGAUGGAAACAGCUGUUUUGGCCGCUUUGGCAAUGGUUAACCCAACGGAAACACUAAUUGUACUCACAUCGGAUCAUUCGCAUGUGAUCACACUUGGCGGUCAGGCCACACCACGUGGACAUCCAAUUUUAGGCCCGGAUAGUAAAGUCUCCGACGUCGACGGCCAGCCCUACACGACGAUUCUGUAUGGCAAUGGACCCGGGUAUAGCACUCCACGCGUCAUCCCCAUCAAUUCGACGACCGCCUCGGAGGACCGGAAUCAAGUGCACGGCUCAGCGGUUCCGAGACAAUGGGCCACGCAUGGAGGGGAAGACGUGCCCGUGUACGCCCUGGGGCCGUUAGCGACGACGCUCUUCACCGGCACGUUCGAUCAGAGUUACAUCCCGCACGCCAUCGCGUACAGCGCCUGCAUCGGCGAACACCGUCUGCGAUGUCACGGCAACGAUAAUAACACCGCGCUGCAAAACUCCAUCGCUAGCGUUGGCUUAGGCAGUGCGUCUUGUUCACCGGCGGAGAAUGGCGGUGCCUCCGGCAGUGUACCGGUUGUCAUCGCCAGUAGCGUCAUGGCCGACGACGGCACACGUAGCAAAUCACGCGCGGGUAGAGGGCGCCACGUAUAUGAUUCAACAGUACGCGCGGCGCUCACCAUCGCGGCCAUCUUAGCAAGCGUCACGUAAUAAACACAAUAAUGCGCGUUUUAAAACAGUGAAGCACAUGAUAAAAGUGAUGAUAAAACUCGAAGCGAACGUGCGGGCUGUCAGGGUAUAAAACAAAACACUAAACACAGUUAAGCGGACAAUAUAAACCACAUAAAACACACGAAUAAUUUACUUAAGAUGAUAAAACUAUAGAAUAUAUCUACUAUAUACACAUAUAAAUAUAUAUAAAUAAUUUCAUUCAUUUGAAUAGUUUGUUUCGACUAAUUAAUAUCAAUUUAAAGUGUAAAUAUUGAAUGCAAGCACGCACAGGGACGAGAUUUCAUAUUUGACCAAGGUGUGAUGUGUAAAUAAGUAAUUAACGUUAACCGCGCGACGUAAACACGAAGAACACAUUUAUUUGCCCUGAGACAAUAUUGUGCGGUAAAAUGAUUGUGUGCAGUGAUAAAAUUACGUGAACUUAUGCACUAAUUAUGAGUAAAUAUUAAGUCGUAACUACUUAAUGUAAACUAAUCAAAAACUAAUCAAAACACACGCAACCAGUCACACAUGAAUUUAAAUACGUUGAUUAUAAAAAUUGUGUAUAAAAUACAACGAUUUGUUUGACAUGGCAACACUGCCUAAUUCAUAACCUCAAAUCAUUGAGCAGUGUUGCCAUUUUAUACAAAUACUUAUUUAUUACAUAUAGAUGUUUUAUUAUCUAUUGAAUGGAAUCAUUUCUUCUGUAUAAGCAUCAAAACAUCCCGACCUGUUCUUUUUGAUGUCUACACAAAUUUAAAAAACGAAUUAAAAUAUGAACCCUUAGAUGUACCACCUACCACUUUGAAUUAUAAAACUAAAAACAAACGAAGAUUGCAUACAUGUGAAAACUUAUCAAGAAAACGAUGUAAACAAGAAGAUAUUACGUAAGUUACUGAAACCUAACGAGACUUAAAUGUUGAUUUUGUUAUUUGUACAUAAAUAUAUUCAAAAUUUAA